AUUAAAGGCAUGAGCCUCCACUGCCCAGCUUCCAAAUCAGUCUCUUAAGGUUUCAUUCCUCAGAAGAGCAAGGACAAGUUUUGGCUCUUUGUGAUAAUUGUUUACAAGUUGGGUUCACCAUUCCUGCCACUCAUCGCUGAGACAUGUUGCACAUCAUUAAUAAUUUCUUGUCUUUUGAUUAAAUCAAGAGAGGCAAUGAAUUCACAAGGAGUUAUGCAGGGACAUUGUAGUCCUCGUGUGGAGGGUCAUAUGUGUAGAAUUUUCCAGUUAAGAGUAACAUACCUGUCAUCAUGACCUACCAUUUGCUGUGAAGAAACAUUUGAAGAGCCAUACGUGAGCCUCUGUUGCCCAUAUGGAGAAAAUUGGUCUUUGUAUGUGGAUUUUGGAGUCAGGGUGCUGUGUUCAUGCUGUGUAAGUUUGGGACACAUCCCUUAAUUUCUCCAAGCCUCAGUUUCAUUAUCUGUAUAAUAAAGAGACUCUUCAUGAAAUUGUUGGAACACUUAUGUUUAAGCAUGUAAGAACACUGCUGCUGCCUGAUGUGGUGGCACACGCUUGUAAUCUGAGAACUUUGGAAGUAAAGGCGUGAGAUGAGGAUCAAGGACUUCAGGAGCCAACCUACGCUACCUAAUGGGACACUGUUGAAAAUUCAUAUCUGGGAAGGUAGCUCGGUGACAGGGUGCUUGUAUACUAUUUACAAAGCCCUAGGCUUUAUCCUUAGAACUGAGCAUUGGGGUGGGUGGGAAGUACAACUGCCUGUAGCAUGUCAAGACCUCAGCAAACAACAAUAGGUAUCUAAGUGGAUUGCUGAGAAGAAGAGUGUUAGUGCUGACAACCAAUUAUCAAAAAUUAAAAUCUCCUUUAGGUGUGGUUUAUCAAAUAAUAAGAGCUGCACAAUGACAAUCACAAUACCAAUGUAUUGUGUCAAAGAGCAGGAUGGACCAGACGGGAGAAAGGGAAAUGGGAAAACUUGAAAAGACAAAAGUGGAGAUUUGCAUAAUAAAAAGGGGGUUCUUAAAGAAAGGGAAUGCAGGAGAAUGCGAGAAUACACCAACUUCAACCUGACCAAGCUUUGCAGUGCCAAGGACAUUCAAGCUGGCAACUCCAGGCGGAGUCCAGACGUGAAGGCGGGGUUCCUAGAGGUUCCGGCUCUGCCCGAAGGCUCUCAGGGGCGGGACUUCCUGUGCGAGCAAGACCCGUUACCUCCGGAAGAGCCGAGCCCUCGUCCCCGGCAGUUGCGCAUCGCUGUGCGCUCACGCGAGAUGGCGGACCCCUGGCAGGAAUGCAUGGACUAUGCGGUCACCCUUGCAAGACGAGCUGGAGAGAUGAUUCGUGAAGCUCUACAAAACGAGAUGAAUGUCAUGAUUAAAAGUUCUCCAGCUGACUUGGUUACAGUUACUGACCAGAACGUUGAAAAAAUGCUUCUCUCUUCAAUAAAGGAAAAGUACCCAUCUCACAGUUUCAUUGGGGAAGAAUCUGUGGCAGCUGGGGAAAAGACAGUCUUCACCGACAAGCCCACGUGGAUCAUUGACCCUAUUGACGGCACGACCAACUUUGUGCAUAGGUUUCCUUUUGUAGCUGUUUCAAUUGGCUUCGUUGUAAAUAAACAGAUGGAGUUUGGAGUUGUGUAUAGCUGUGUGGAAGAUAAGAUGUAUACUGGCAGGAAGGGAAAAGGAGCCUUUUGUAACGGUCAGAAGCUUCGGGUCUCACAACAGGAAGAUAUUACCAAAGCACUCUUGGUGACUGAGUUGGGCUCAUCCAGAAAGCCAGAGACUUUGCGGAUUGUUCUUUCCAACAUGGAAAAGCUUUGCUCCCUUCCCAUCCAUGGAAUCCGGAGUGUUGGAACAGCUGCUGUUAAUAUGUGCCUUGUGGCAACUGGAGGAGCGGAUGCUUACUAUGAGAUGGGGAUCCACUGCUGGGACAUGGCAGGAGCUGGCGUCAUCGUCACCGAGGCAGGCGGAGUGCUGAUGGAUGUGACAGGUGGACCAUUUGAUUUGAUGUCUCGGAGAAUAAUUGCUGCAAAUAAUAAAGCAUUAGCCGAAAGAAUAGCCAAAGAAAUUGAGAUAAUACCUUUACAAAGAGAUGACGAAAGCUAGUUGGCACAGGACAGUGUCCAGCUCCAUCACACUGGCUGACCCUGGGAUGUUUGUGAUGUAUGAUGUCAUUGGUUUAAAUUUGUCUUUGAGGUCCUGAUUUUAAAAUGGGAACAUUUCAGAUGGCAUACGCAAAAUUAGAUGGAAUAUUUGAUUGUUGAAAGAAAAUCUGCAUGUGAGAAUCUCUUGGGGAAAGGAUCCAGGAAAUCUAAUUAAUGAACUUGCCGUGGAAUAAUCACCAGUCCACACGAUCCCCUUAAAUUUUAAUAUGCUAUUUAUAUGCACAAUUCUCAAGUGUAAAGUUUUUGUUUUGUAAAAGUCUUUCUUCCAAAAGCCAUAUUUAGUUAUGUGUGUGACUACAGCAGGCUCUGUCCUCACAGAGACCUUUUGUUGUGUUAUUCUCUGUAAUUCGGCACUGGCACAUAUUAACAAAAAGAAGACAGCGGGCCGUCUAAGUCAGCAGCUUACGUGAGUGCCUGGAGCUGCAGUUCCUGUACUGAUGGCACCUGUUCUGAAGCUGGCUUACCUCUCUGUUCUUUUUAUAUUCCAUAUUGCCAUUCACAGGACUUCCAGAGACGGUUGCUUAUUGUGGACGUUUCUGCAGUUAAUACAGUAUUGUGCGCUGCAGGCUCUGUCUAAGCCCCCAUGCUGGAGAGAUUUUCAGGUAUCUGCUGUACUUAGUUGCUGGAGAGAUUUUCAGGUAUCUACUGUACUUAGUUACAGUGUAACGUUUUACUAAAUGCAGUAUUCACAGUCAGAUACUUCAACUGAUUUUGGCUGUGCUGACGAUGUAUUGUGGCAUUAAUGGUGAACUAUUUGAUUUCUUUCCAAACUCCUUGCUUAAUUCCAACACUGCUGUCUGUAUACUCUUUAAGGAUCUUGGGCCUCUCAAACCCAAGAAGAAAAUUUAAUGGUUCCUAUUCCUUUUGAAAGGAUUAAUUUAUUGUUUAGUUUAUUGUUUUAGCCUUGGCCCUUGGCAUAUGAACAGAUCUUUCUUUUUGUUUUGUUUUGUUUUGUUUGUUUGUUUUUCAAGACAGGGUUUCUUUGUGCAACAGUCCUAACUGUCCUGGAACUUGCUCUUGUAGACCAGGUUGGCCUCGAACUCACAGAGAUCUGCCUACCUCUGCCUCCCCAGUGCUAGGUUUAAGGGUGUGUGCUACCACUGCCAGGCUAUGAACAGAUACUUUGUUCUUGUAUGUUUGAGCCUGGCCUUUGAUAAAAUAAAGUGUUCUUAUAAGUUUGAAGGCAGAAAUUAUUUUAUUAUUGGGCGAUUUAAUUUAUUAGAUCUCUGUGACACUCUGAUUUGGACUCUGUAAUUGAUAUAUUUCUGCUGUUAGCCAUAUGACUUAAACAUCACAUACCAUUAAAUCCUAUUAUAAGACAGGUUAUUUUGGAGAUUAGAUUUAUUUUAAGACUAUUACGAAUAACAUUUUAUUUUUCUGUAUGUGUUUAUGUAUCCCAGGCUGGCCUCAGAAUUGUUAUGUAGCUGAUGAUGAACUUGAACUCCUGAUGUCUCUGCCCUUACUCUCUCUAAGUUCUGCGAUACAGAGAGAACAGCAGGGCAGCAUCAUGUAACUAGUGCUGAACCCAGGGCCUCAUGCGUGCUACAUCAACAUCCCAGCCCAUGAUUAACGUUUAAAUUUAAAGUGUAUACAUAGUGAAUAAAUAAAUCUUUAAAAGAAAUUAAAAGUGUAAUUAAUGAUAUAUUAUCAAAGUCUAUGGUCUGAACUCUUUUUAGGGGUUUUGAGUUAAGUUAUAAAUACUUGAAACUAAUGUAUAUGAUUGGUUAUGUAUUUUUACCUUUUGCAUAUAGUUUACCCAGUAUAGGUAAACACUUGAUAUUUCCCCCAUGACUGUUUGUAUCUUUUUAUUCUAUGUGCAAUUAAGUAUUAUCUGCCUGAACAUUACUUAGAUGUUUAAAAAAGGAUGAUUAGAAAGUAAAUUACCCCAAAAUAAUUGGGAAAUCUUGUUUUAUGUGACAGAACGUCCUCUGUUUAACCUGUUGCUGUGUCCCAGUAUUUACUUCUCCAGUUCUCAUUCUCAGGGCGUUCCUUCCCUGGUCUCUCUGCUUUUGAGAACCAUUAACUCUGAUAAGUGAU